AUGGCUUCUCUAAAGAUGCAAGAACGGACCAAAGAGAGGUUUUCUCUCUUGUUGCUGGAUUUGGAGGAGUUUUAUUUUGAACAGCACAUUGCCUACCACGUCCCAAACAUUUCAAAAAAGGAGAGGCCUCGACCGUCAGCCAUCUCUGUUUCAUGUGGACAGGUUAUUUACAUCAAAGAAAGCAACGUUAUCUCACCUUACAGAAAUGAGAGGGGAUUAAAGAAAAUUAAUUUUCAACUGGAGGUUUGGACUAAAACUGAAGACGUCGUUCAAACGUUACUUCAGCUUCACAGAGCAUCGUGUCUGGAAAAGCUCGGAGACCAGACUGCAAUGAUUGCAGCUAAUUUACAGUCACGAUUGGCGAGGUCAUCGUUUGACAAAAACUGUUUUCAGAACGUGGCCGAGAAGCCUCACAUGGAGUGUGCUGUGGAGAUGGUCACGCCUCUGGUGUCCAACCCAGGUCACGUCUGCAUCACAGAUGAAAACCUUUACUUCCAGCCGCUGAACGGAUUUCCGAAACACGUGAUUCAAAUCAAACUCCACAGAGUCAGGAGAAUCUACAAAAGACGCCAUGGCCUCAGACCACUGGGUCUGGAGGUAUUCUGCACUGAGAACGACUUCUGCUCCGACAUCUACCUGAAGUUUUACCUCUCCGCUGACAGAGAUGAAAUCUACUACUACAUCGCCACUUUCCUGGAGAACCACAUGACGGAGCACACAGCAGAGAGCUACAUGCUGCAGUGGCAGAGAGGUCAUCUCAGUAACUAUCAGUAUCUCCUCCACCUCAACAACCUGGCGGACCGCAGCUGCAACGACCUCUCCCAGUAUCCCAUCUUCCCCUGGGUGGUCGCCGACUACACCAGCUCACAGUUAGACAUGACGAACACCGCCACAUUCAGAGACCUGAGUAAACCAGUGGGAGCUCUGAACAAAGAGCGUCUGGAACGACUGCUGGCUCGCUACAGAGGCAUGCCUGAACCUCGCUUCAUUUACGGCAGUCACUACUCGUCUCCAGGCUACGUCCUCUUCUACCUGGCCAGAGUUGCUCCAGAGCACAUGCUGUGUCUCCAGAACGGUCGCUACGACCACGCAGAUCGCAUGUUUAACAGCAUCGGUGAAACAUGGAGAAACUGCUUAGAGGGAGCAACUGACUUCAAAGAGCUGAUUCCAGAGUUUUACGGGGACGACUGCAGCUUUCUGGAAAACAAGCUGAGUCUGGAUUUGGGCAGAAGGCAGAAUGGAAGCUUAGUCGGGGAUGUCGCUCUUCCUACGUGGGCCUCAGAUGCUGGUGAUUUUCUCCAGAAGCACAGGACGGCACUGGAGAGUCAGUACGUGUCAGAGCAUCUUCACGAGUGGAUUGACCUGGUGUUUGGCUUCAAACAGAGAGGCGGUGAAGCUGUAGCAGCUCAUAAUGUAUUUCACCCUCUGACCUAUGAAGGUGGCAUCGACUUUGACAGCAUCAAGGACCCCGACGAGAGAAUCGCCAUGCUGACACAGACCCUGGAGUUUGGUCAGACGCCCACGCAGCUGUUCACCAGCCCCCACCCUCAGAGGAUCACGCCACGGUUUCACAACAUCACUCGGAGCUCCAGCAUCAACUCACCAGUCAGUGAACUGUCUCCAUCCUCUCAGAGCGAGGACUCAUCCUUCGAGGACCUGACUGAGGAGAGCAAGAAGAUGGCGUGGGCGAACAUGGGCACCUUGACCCAGGUCUCCAGCCACAAGAUCCAUAAAGAAGCUGUGACGGGCAUUGCUGUGACCCGAGACGGAGCAGCCAUUUUCUCCACAUCCCAAGACUCAUCACUGAAGAUGUUUUCCAAAGAGCUGAAGGAGUUCCAGAGAAGCAUGUCCUUCUCUAACAUGGCCUUGUCGUCAUGUUUGAUGCUGGCAGAUGGUAAAACUGUGGCGUGUUCUUCAUGGGACAACAACGUUUAUUUCUACUCCAUCCCGUACGGCAGGCGGCAGGACACGCUGAUGGGUCAUGAUGAUGCAGUCAGUGAAAUGUGUUGGUAUGACGACCGACUGUACACGGCAUCGUGGGACUCCACUGUCAAGAUAAGCAUGUUAAAGUGCUCUGGGGUCAGACGCAACCGCAGCCUGGUGACCGUCAGUCCAGCUGCCGAGAAAACACCCGCCAUGAGGGGACUGACGUUGCCGGGGUGUUUCUGCUGGGAUGGGAACUCAGUGCUGUGCGGGGGCCAGUCAGGUGACCUCCUGCUGUGGGACCUGCUCAGCAACACGGUCACCAAGAAGAUCGGCGCACACUCAGGUGCUGUCACGGCGAUGUGGAUAAAUGAUUUGUGCAGCACGGUGAUCACAGGGGGAGAGGACAGACAGAUGAUCUUCUGGAAACUUCAGAGUUAAACCAUGUGUUUCUACACAAAUCCAUCAUGGAGAUAAGGACUUCCUGUGCAACGUUACACACAGGCCAGGUAUCCUGCAGACUCACUGACUCUGAACAGACUCAUGACAGACCUGGACUGAUAAUCUACAGUAUCACAUAGCAGGUGGAGUAGGUUACAAGUCUCUCUCAACUGUUCUCAAUCCAAAACUGGAUUAAAGGUCACGUUAUUUACCAGGUCUGUCUGCACAUUGAGAGAAAAUGUCCAAUUGCAAUUUUGUGCAUGAGGAGAAAACUAUAUAGUGUAUAUGCCUUAUUUUUCAGCCUAUUUUACUUUUAUGUGUAUUUUUUCAUUUGCUAUAUACCAUGUUACGCUGCUGUUGUUAUUUUUUAAUUAUCAGUGACUAUGUUUCUUUAGCUUAAUGUGCAUUUUAUUAUUAUAAUGUGGCCUCAAAGUGUCAGAGCUUCAUGGUACUCAGGUGUUGUUGCUCCUUACCUCUAAAAAAACACUUUCAUAAGCCUCAGAGAUUCUGAUUCAGACAGUUUGUUUCCUUUAGCGCUUCAGGAAGAGAUAAGAGAUAAUUAUUUGGUAUUAUUGAUAUACUAGAAACUGUUCUGCUUUAACACCAAACCAUGAAUAUACAGUAUUAGCUAUUUAACCAAGUGAAUAAUUAGAAUUACAUGGCAAUAAUCCAGGAAGGGAGGAAAAAGACAGACAGAAAAUCUCACCUCUCACACAAACACGCUCUUGUUCUUGGAGUAUUAAUAACUUUUCUUUGGGUUUUUUUCCCUCUGUUCCUGGAUUAUUGCCAUGUAAUUCUAAUAAAA